UAUGUCUUUUUUUUUUUUUUAACAAAGCCAAAUAAAUCCCACAAAACCCUAAAACCCAAACAAGAACAACAAAACUCUGUUAACAGAUGGUGUCUCCCCUUUCUUCCUGCAUUUGCUGUCUUUUAAAUAAUGUAUGUUGUAUUGUUAAUUAAUGUGAAUAUCAAAUUAAACACUUGAAACUUACAUGUUUAUUAUGCAGGUAGGAGGCAAGGUGGGCUCUGCUUUUAACUCACGGGCACUGCAUCGGCGUGCAAGCAAGUCAGGUCCUCAUAUUUGUGUUUUCGGUGCUGGUAUCAGUGGCUUGAUUUUCAGCAAAUGUGAUAGUAGCCUUUGCAGUGGUCAGCUCUGAGCUUUGAACUCUCAGAGGAGCAAGGGAGAAAAAAACAAAUCCAACACACCACCUCCUUGGUUGCAGCCUCCGAGAAUCCUUGGAUGAGAAACUUCUUUUUUUUCAAGUCCUGUUCUGCUGUUGAUAAAUUCAGUCCUCGUGAUCACAGUGCAUUCAAGCUGUUCUGCGUAUGGUUUUUGGUGUGUGUGACAAUCGCAUCUAAAACUUGUGAGCAAGAAGACGGAGAAAUCAGUUGGUCUCCAUCGCCUUACAUAAAAAUGGCCGAGUGUCUUGUUAUGCUAACCCUGCCCUGAGUGGUGCGCACAGAUCCUGAUGUGGAGGAGAUGGGGGACCCAGAACCAAGGAUCCCGAAGUGAUUUCCGCCAAAGCACAGAAAUUGACUCCGUGAAGGCUGGCGUGUUCUAACUGAGAUGACAGUCAUGUCCCUCUCCAGGGACCUCAAGGACGACUUUCACAGCGACACGGUGCUCUCCAUCCUAAAUGAGCAGCGCAUUCGUGGCAUCUUAUGCGAUGUCACCAUCAUUGUGGAAGACACCAAGUUUAAAGCCCACAGCAAUGUCCUGGCUGCCUCAAGCCUUUAUUUCAAAAACAUCUUUUGGAGCCAUACGAUCUGUAUCUCCAGCCACGUCCUGGAGCUGGAUGACCUGAAAGCUGAAGUGUUUACAGAAAUACUUAAUUACAUCUACAGCUCUACUGUUGUGGUCAAGAGACAGGAAACUGUCACUGAUCUUGCAGCUGCAGGGAAAAAGCUGGGGAUAUCAUUCUUAGAAGACCUGAGUGACCGCAGCUUCUCAAAUUCCCCAGGUCCCUAUGUAGUCUGCAUUACUGAAAAGGGCGUGGUUAAAGAAGAAAAACAUGAAAAAAGGCACGAAGAACCAGCUGUUACUAAUGGGCCAAGGAUCACAAAUGCAUUUUCCAUCAUUGAAACGGAAAAUAGUAAUAACAUGUUUUCCCCACUGGACUUGAGGGCAAGCUUCAAAAAAAUGUCUGAUUCCAUGAGAACAGCUGGUCUUUGCCAGGAGAGGACCAAUAUCUGCCAUGAAGUAGAGCCUGUCCGCACGCUUGCUGAACAUUCAUAUGCCGUUUCUUCCAUCACCGAGGCUUACAGGAGUCAGCCUGUACGGGAACAGGACAGCAGUUCGUCCGGGAAAACGGGAAAAGAAAAUGGUGAAGCUCCUGCCACAAAAGCAAAGCUAUGCCGAAAGCCAAAGACCCAAACCCAGGAUUCUGACUCAACUACAGAAAAUACACCACUCCCUCCGGUACCCAGCCCAGAGUUUAAUCAAGAAAAGAGUCCACCACCAGCUCCAAUUCUGCCACACCCAGAACCUCCCAACAAGGAAGGAGAUGUCCAUUUUCCCAGGGAAGAUGAGAACCAACCUUCGGAUAUUCCUGGUCCACCAGCAACGGAGGUCCCGCCCCUCAUUUACAAUUGCAGCUGCUGUUCCAAAUCCUUUGAGAGCAGCGCACUGCUCAGUGCCCACAUGCAGCUCCACAAGCCAACCCAGGAGCCUUUAGUGUGCAAGUACUGCAACAAGCAGUUCACCACCCUCAACAGACUGGAUCGGCACGAACAGAUCUGUAUGCGGUCUAGCCACAUGCCUAUCCCAGGAGGAAGCCAACCGUUUUUAGAAAACUACCCCACUAUUGGACAAGAUGGAAGUUCAUUUACAAGCCCAGAAUCAUUAAUACCGGAAAAUAGGGUCGCUGAGCUUUCCAGCGCUGGGAGUGUCUUGCCGGACGCGGACCACAUGGUGAAAUUUGUGAACGGGCAGAUGCUCUACAGCUGUGUUGUGUGCAAACGUAGCUACGUGACUUUGUCCAGCCUCCGAAGGCAUGCAAACGUUCACUCGUGGAGAAGAACAUACCCUUGCCAUUACUGCAACAAGGUCUUUGCACUGGCCGAGUACAGGACGCGGCAUGAAAUCUGGCACACUGGAGAGAGGCGGUACCAGUGCAUUUUCUGCCUUGAAACAUUUAUGACCUACUACAUACUGAAAAACCACCAGAAGUCUUUUCAUGCCAUAGAUCACAGACUCCCCAUCAAUAAGAAAACAGCAAAUGGGGGCUUGAAGCCUACUGUCUAUCCAUAUAAACUUUACAGGCUCUUGCCUAUGAAAUGCAAGAGGGCACCUUAUAAGAGCUACCGGAAUUCUUCCUAUGAAGGGGCUCGAGACAACACUCUACGGAGUGAGUCUGCAUCCAAUCCCUUCAUCGUUCCAAACUCGCAAAGCUCUGACAUGCCCACACUGAACUUCCAAGAUGGUGGAAACACCUUGACCACCACCAUCUCUGCCACCCCGGUAGAAACACCUUCACAGCACGGCACACCCACUUUUGCCAAAGUAAAAAAGGCAGAAGCCGUCCCAUGGAGAAAGGAGGCACUGAAAACUGAUCUCGUCAAUAACUUGGAUUCAACUGAGGUGUCAGUUUCUCCCACUGGAAUCCCCGUCAGCACUAACCUACAGGCAGAGCCCACAAGUGUUUCAUCGGUGGGCAAAGGCGGUGAGCACUCAGGCUCCGUGAUCAGCUACAGUGGCUCGGUGCCCUCCGUCAUUGUGCACAGCAGCCAGUUCUCGUCGGUCAUCAAGCACAGCAACACCAUUGCGAGCCUGGCCAACAGCAGCCACAAAGCCGCUCCACAACCGGAGCUCAGUCAGUCCCUGAAAGAGGACAGCAAGCCUGAGGCAGAUAAAGGCAGGAGACUUUCGAGUAGACCCAAGAGCAUUAAGGAGAAAAAGAAAGCUAUUCCGUGUACCAAGGGAGAAAUAGCAGUGGAGGCAAAACACGUUGCUGACCAGGAAGGGUCUUCGGGCAAAACCACAAGUGCCACUGAGGAAACCAGUAAAAUUGAAACUUAUAUAGCAAAACCUGCUCUGCCUGGCACCUCCACAAACAGCAGUGUCGCACCCCUUUGCCAAAUAACAGUGAAAAUUGGAAAUGAAGCCAUUGUGAAAAGGCAUAUCCUUGGGUCGAAGCUGUUUUACAAAAGAGGGAGGAAACCCAAGUAUCAGAUGCAGGAGGAGACGGUGCCUCAGGAGAGUGACCCAGAACCCCACAGGGACAGCCCCCUUGGGCCUUGCCAGGCUGAAUGUGUAGAGAUGAGUGAGGUGUUUGAUGAGGCGAGUGAUCAGGAUUCCACCGACAAGCCGUGGCGCCCGUACUACAACUACAAGCCCAAGAAGAAAUCCAAACAGUUGAGAAAAAUGAGAAAUGCGAAGUGGAGGAAGGGGCAUGGGAGCAGAAGCCCCGGCGGCAGGUGCAGAUACCCAGCUGAACUGGAUCCCGCAGAGGUGAAGCUGCCUCCGAAUAAGGCCUUUGAAGAAGAAGAAGAAAACAAAGAGAUGCCCAAACUGCAGUGUGAGCUCUGUGAUGGCGACAAAGCAGCAGGGGCGGGAGCUGAAGGCAAGCCCCACCAACAUCUCACUUUGAAGCCUUACACCUGUGAGCUCUGUGCAAAGCCGUUCCAGAGCCCCUCCACGCUCAAGAUGCACAUGAGGUGCCACACUGGAGAGAAGCCUUACCAAUGCAAGACUUGUGGGCGGUGCUUCUCAGUGCAAGGGAACUUACAGAAACAUGAGCGCAUCCACCUGGGCGUAAAGGAGUUCGUGUGUCAGUAUUGUAACAAGGCGUUCACGCUGAACGAGACUCUCAAGAUCCACGAAAGAAUCCACACUGGUGAAAAGCGGUACCACUGUCAGUUCUGCUUUCAGGGUUUUUUAUAUCUUUCCACAAAAAGGAAUCACGAGAGGAGGCAUGUUCGCGAGCAUGAUGGGAAAGGCUUUGCCUGCUUCCAGUGCCCCAAAAUAUGCAAAACAGCUGCUGCCCUCAGAAUGCACCAAAAGAAACACUUAUUCAAGACUUUAACUAAGCAAGAAAAAACAGGUGACAUGUGCCACGAAAACUCAGAUCUCUUGGAGAGUCAAAUUUGUACUGACUCAGAAGACAGCGACCAAAAGGAUAACAGCCCUUUGCUGAAAAUGUCCUUUGAGUGACGACAGUUAGGAAAGUCAUCAGAAAAAGUGUUUUGUGAGUUAAUUUUAAUUUUUUUGAGUUAGUUUUGUUCACAUAAUAGUCACAAAGGAAUUUGAGGGGUAUUAAUUUUCAUUUGUGUAAACUCCAAAAAGGAUCCUAACACCUACUUUGGGUUUUAUCAUUCACUUCACACAGAGUGCAUAAAAACAAAAUAGCUGAAUCUUCUAACGACCCAAGUAUUUUGUGAAGGCUAAUGAAAUCCUUAGCUGUGGUAUUUUGAACAGUGAGAAAAGCAGCUGAAUUUUAGCCUAAUUUAAAACUUUCUUGCGAACACUAAUGAGGACUGCUGAACUGUUUGUUAGUCACUGGAAAAAAUAAGGGUCCGGAUCACGGAGGUGGCGUCUUUGAGAUGUGUUAAAUGCUAAAUGAGCUAUGACAGU